UCAGCCCACAUAGACACAACUGAAACCCCCUCUAUCCUCUCAUGUCCCACCCCUUUCUUCCAAGUUGUUAUUUUAUUCCCAAACCAUGCCCUUCAUAGCCAAACAACUAUGUCUAUGAACACACACAGUACCACUACUUCCUUCUCAAUUCUCAACACUUUACACAAACCCCAACAAAUUAAAGGGAUAGGGAUUCUGAUUGUCAAUUGAUCAGUAAUGGAAGCCUCAAGGAAGAUUGUGGUGAUAGUGGAAGAAGAGGAGGUAGCAAGAACAGCUUUUGAAUGGGCCCUUCACAACCUUCUGAGAUGUGGAGACUUAAUUACUCUUCUCCAUGUGUUUCCCAGUUCAAGAUCCAGUAGUAGGAACAAGAAGAAGCAGAGACUUCUCAGAUUGAAAGGCUUCCAAUUAGCCCUCUCCUUUCAAGACCUCUGCAACAGCGCUUUUAUCAACACCAGGACAGAGAUUGUGGUGAGAGAAGGGGACUUAGAAGGAGGCACCAUUGCUGCUACUGUUAGGGAGAUCGGAGCUUCCACUCUUGUUGCUGGCCUUCAUGAUCACAGCUUUUUAUACAAAUUGGCUAUGUCUCACACCAACAUUACAAACAAUUUAAAUUGCAAAAUACUUGCCAUAAAACAACCACACUCUUCACCAUUGACAGCAAGGUCAAGGACCAUUUCAUUACCAGGUAGCUCAACCAACAUGGACUUCUCUCAGAUUGAGAUUGGUGCACUCAGUUUCCCAGAAAUUGGUCCACCUAAAAUUCAGUACCAAGUGUGCCCAGACCCUCACUCAAUUAUGUGGAGAUCAAGAAGACCAAGAAGGAGACCCAAAAGGAUAUAAAAAACAGACAAUCAUCACUCUCCCAAAUCACCUCCAUUCAUUUUUAUUUUAAGUUCACUCUUUAUGCCACUUAGUUUUUUUUUUCUUUUUUUUUUAUCCCAAAAAAAAAUUGUUAUAUUUACAGAGUACUUUU